AGAUGGGUGACAUUCGCUUUCAGCAGUUUUUGGCCAGUGUUUCUGCUGUCCUGGAUGGUAUACCCAACUUUCCAAGACCUCUAAAGAGUCAGCAAGAGAGUGCCCUCUUUGCAAUAACUAUGAAGCAAGAUGUCUUUGCCAUUUUACCUACUGGAUAUGGGAAAUCCUUGGUUUACCAUCUACUACCAUUAGUAUACAAAGAGUUUUACAAAUGUGAGAUCCAGCCAACAGUUUUGGUUGUUUCUCCAUUAGUAGAACUCAUGAAAGAACAGGUCAAACAGCUAGAAGACAAAGGUUUAGUUUCCAUGGUCAUUUCCCAUUCCUUAUUGGAUGACCUUCUCAUGGACAAUCACUUUUUGGACAAGUGUUCUAUACUAUUUGACAGUCCAGAAGCUAUUCUCAACAGUGCAUGGAGAGAUCAAAUACAACAGCAAACAGUAUUUCAAACUCGUCUGGUUGCUGUUGUAAUUGAUGAAGUUCACUGCGUAACAGAAUGGUAAGAAACAAUUCUGAAGCAAUUAUAACUAAAGCAUUGAACUCACUCCUAACCUUAUGUAGGGGAACUGCAAACAAAAACGGCAAGAGGCUGCAUUUCGUGAAUGGUAUUCACAACUUGGUCAGAUCAGGGCUCUAGUAAAUUUUGCAGUUCCAAUUGUAGCCAUGACAGCAACCGCAACAGCAGAGACAAGAUCAACAGUUAAACAAAUACUCAGAAUGAGACACCCUGUAAUAGUAGAAGCUAACCCCGAUCGACCAAACUCAAAUACAUCGUGCAAAAGAUCGAUGAUCCAUUUGUGACAUUUAAAUAAUGGCUUGUUGAUGAGCUGAAGGAGAAAACAACAGCCACUCCUAAAACAAUCAUUUACUGCAGACGAGUCAAAGACUGUGCCUACAUCUACAGUCUUUC